AUGUGGAAAAGGAAGCAGAGACGUGUAGGAAACUCACAGGAGUCUGGUCAGCCAAAGCCCAGCACCAGUUUUAUUUGGUGUGAACAUGGUGGAUGCUGCACACGCCUCUGGAAUGCAGACAAAAAGCUGAUUAGCGGGUCACAGCAUUUUGAAGUAAUUCUGCGGUGUCCAGUAGCGAGAGAUGUCUUUAAGGAGUUCCUGCAGUCUGAGUACAGCGAAGAAAACCUUAUGUUCUGGAUUGCCUGUGAGGAUCUGAAGAACGAAACCGACCCAUCAACUAUAGCUGAAAAAGCCAGGAAGAUUUAUGAAGACUACAUCUCCGUUUCUUCGCUGAAGGAGAUCAACUUAGAUUCACAAAUUAGGAAUGAUAUCAGCCAAAGCCUAGAAGAACCCAGCAGUAUGAUGUAUGAGGAGGCCCAGCAUCAGAUCUACAAUCUUAUGCGCAGAGAUUCUUUCCCCCCAGGGAGGGAAGUUUUCCUGGAGUUCUUGCGGUCUGAGUGCAGCGAAAACAAUCUUAUGUUUUGGAUCGCAUGUGAGGAACUGAAGACAGAAACUAACCCGUCAACUACUGCUGCAAAAGCCAGGACCAUUUAUCAUGAGUACCUCGCCAGGUUUUCGCAAAACAAGGUCAGCUUGGAUACACAGGUUCAUGAUCGCAUCUUGCAAAACCUGAAAGAACCCAGCAGUACGAUAUAUGACGAGGCCCAGCUUCAGAUCUACGAUCUCAUGCGCAGAGACUCCUUCCCCGGAUUUCUCAAAUCAUCUGUUUACAUCAAUUUUCUUAGCAAAAAAUCAAAAUUCCUCGACACUCAUGUAAACAAGUCCGACUUUUUUUCCUCAGAUUUGAGACAUAAACUCGAAUUCUGAAGAAAAAACGUUUCGUUUUCUCUAAUUGCGACUUUAUAUCACGCAAAUCUGACUUUGUAGGCUAACACACAAUUUUGAGAAAAAGGUAAGAACAGGAGUUUUUUUUUGGAUCUUUCAUCAAGGUUGUCCUAAAACCAAAACAUUACCCGUGCUUGUAAAAAUACAGUACGAUGUACCCUAGUAAUUAAAGGAAAUUUUCCGUUUUUGGUUUUUACAGGUGUUUUUCCGUAUUUUUGAAUUACGCUUUGCAUUGUGGGAACAAGAACGUUGGUGGCUUACAUAGGCGCGAAAACAGUGAAGAGGAGACGCGGAGAGUUUUUCGGUCAAAGUUUCAUUUUAAUGUCGGCUUUGGAAUUUGGGAAACGUUUUUCGUUUUCGUUUUUGGUAAACGAGUUAAAUGUCACAUAAAUUGUUUACGUAAGGUUAUUUUAGUUGCUGUCUGGCUUGUUUGGCAAAUGAACGUCGGAGCCGUCGCACUCAACAUUUCUCUGCAUAUCGUCAGACAUCUUCCUCGUGGAGUUUUCUGCCAAAUGAGGACGUGAUUGCUGCUGUACUGUGAAUCUCAAGCACACCUGCAUUCUUAUCAUGGGUGAUGGGCAGUUCAAGAUUGCUGUCAUAUCAGAAGUUAAUGACCACUGUUGUGGUUGUGAGCUACAAAUACCCAGAAGAGGCGGCACUUACAUUGGAAUUCAUACAGAAAGUUUUCCUGUGAAGAAAUCCUAAAUGAGGGUUGAGAUGAAGGCAACCAGUUGAUGGGCAGUUCAAGAUUGCUGUCGUUUGAGAAGUUAAUGAACAAAUCUUCUUUCCUGUUGCGGUUGUGAGCUACAAAAUACCCAGAGGAGGCGGCACUUACUCUGGAGUUCAUACAGAAAAUUUUCCUGUGAAGAAAUCCUGAACGUGGUUUGAGAUAAAGGCAACCAAGUGGCUAUGUAUUCCUCCAAGACUCUUGCAUGAACAGUUUUGAAAAUCCAUGUAAUAUUUGAGUUUUUAAAUUGAAAAAAAUGGCACUUGCAUUAAACAUGCAGUUAAAUGGGAAAUAAUACAUCCCCUAUAAUGAAUUGCAUCACUUCAGUGAUAUUUCUGUUACAGUGAACUUCAAAAUUCUGUUGUCAAGCCACUGGAGUCACAUAAUUUAUACCUUUCUGGACCUUUAAAAUGGUAGUUGCAUAGACAAUCAAUAGAGGGACAGACAGUACCCAGAUUUAACAAAAAAUACUCUUAAUUUGUGUUCUAAAAAUGAAUGAGUCUUAUGGGUUUGGAAUGGUAUGAGGGUGAGUAAUUGACUGAAUUAACAUUUUUGUGUGAACUAUCCCUCUAAACAAUAUUGUUUUAUCUUAUAAGAAAAAAAGUUUUGAAUCUUGACUGUUUUACAGUUUGAAGUUUAAAUUUUGUGACCACUUUUUAGUACAACACCUGUAUUGUACAGAUGCUCAUGUUUUCUUUUUUUUUUUUUUAAAUUCUGUCUGUUACUGUUUAAAGCUAAACUGUGUUUUUACAAUACAGGCAUUUUGCCUGAGUUGACACAUUGUUAAAUGAAUUUUUGAGUAUUUGAUAUUGUUUAGUCCUAACCCACUUAAGGCAAACAAAAGCCAUUGAAUGCACUUUUAAGAAUG